AUGGUUGGGGGCAUAAACGUCUCAUUUCACAAGUUCCCACGGGACAAGGUGAUGUUCAAAAAGUGGAUAAUCGCCAUAAGAAGGGAUCCAGGGCCAAACUUCGUGGUCGGCCAGUUUACGAGGGUCUGCUCCAAACAAUUCAAGCCGGAUGACUACAUCCCAAACGUGGCCAGUGGGCGACGCUUUCUGAAAGACAAUGCUGUGCCGACGCAGUUUGUGUUUGCCAAGCCUCUGAAACAGCGUCGACCACCUAAGCACUGCGCUGCAGCAAGUCUCACAAGCCAUCUUUUACAAGCAGCAAGCCUCGACACUGAUCUGAGUCGGCAUGAAAAUAACAGUGACCAAGAUAUGACCUGGGAGCCUUCACAGCAAUGCGGAGGUACAGGCCGACCAGCCAAGGGUCAUGUGACACAAAACACUGCUGCAGAUGUGGUUUGUCACUCGUGCACUGCCACUUUUGAAAAAAUUCAACUGGAGCUAAAAGCAAGGUGCGAAGAGGUUGCACAGCUGUGUGCUGAUGUUCAGAACCUUAAAAGGGCUUUAGGUGAAGCAAGGAAGCUCAGAGAGGACAUCGUCGCAGUAAACGACAACAACAUUGAGCUGAUUGCAGCGAACGAAAAGCUAACUGAGCAGCUUGAACAUGUCAAAAAGCAGCUGCAAGAAAUGCAACGAGCAGCUGAAGACAAACUAAUAGCACGUCACGCCGACGGUGCCGCCAGCUUUUCCAGUGGUGGAGCUCGAGGCCAAUACUUGGAAAGCGAAAGCGCACCUGGGGACCUUAAGGGACGCCCACGGAAGCUUGAACCUGCGGAAGAACUUUUUCUCACACUGAUGAAAUUGAAAACUGGAUUUUUCCACCUGCAUCUCGGGCAUACGUUCGGUGUUUCUGCAAGUACAGUGUCAAGAGUGUUUUGUGGUUGGAUAAAUUUUGUGUACAUCCAGCUGGGGAAAGUUCCUCUGUGGGCGCCACGCAGUGAGAUUGACAGGCAAACGCCUCCUGCAUUUCGGGAGCUGUACCCAAGCACAAGGGUGAUCAUCGGUGCCACAGAGGUGAAGUGUGAAGUACCUAGCUCCCUCGUUUUGCAGUCAGGGCAGCACCAGUACCACUUUCCCUGGGUCCACUGA